AUGUGGACUAACCGCUCGUCAACCGGACAGAGUAACAAACCAUGCCCAUGCUGCUACGAUCUGGACGCCAUCGCCGCCGCAGAUGGCAUUGAUGCCAGAAACGUCAGAGGAACCCUAGACCAAACACAAAUGGUAAUACGCCUGUUACGGAGCCUCCAAACAAUUGAGAACGCUGCCACGUCAGGCUGUAAAGUCUGCAAACUAUUGGUCAACAUCCUCUUGCAUUUCGACCCAAAUUCAAGAAGCACCACGACCCAGAUUGUGCUCCAACUUCCAAUUGGUCACGGUAACCUUCAGAUUCUGUUUCCCCUUGACGGGCCUCAGAAUGUAGUUCAAGUAUACACAUCCCCUGCCAACGCAAAGCUCUGGCAUCACAUAUCACCAUUACCGGAAAUAUGCACAGAUCGUCUGUCAAAAGAAAGCCUGAGCUUCAUCCGUUCGUGCUUGAAGUCAUGUUUGGAGAACCACCCUCUCUGCCAGCAAAGACAAAGCAACAGCUCCAAGGGACCAGCUCGCCUCAUAUACGUAGGCGAUAGCAGCCAAACCACACUGCGACUCGUGGAAACCAACCAACUUGCUGGUGACCCAGCCUACAAUGCGCUUAGUUACUGCUGGGGCGAUGAUAUCAGCAUCAAGACCACCGUCUCCAACAUGCACACCUUGACAUCGGGGAUCGCACUCGGCAGCCUGCCCCAGACCCUGGUGGACGCCGUACUUCUCACUCAAGAACUGGGUAUCAAAUUCCUAUGGAUAGACGCAUUGUGUAUCAUUCAAGAUUCGCACGAGGACUGGGAGAAAGAGUCCGCAAAUAUGGCGUCUAUCUACGCAAAUGCCCAUCUCACCAUUGCAGCUGCGUCUGCCGCAUCAGCUACGCAGGGCUUUUUGCAGCAUAGUGCCACCACGGGGAAUCAUCAGGAACAGAAAGAUUUCAGCGAGAUAAUCCACGACGAUGACGGUACACAAAUACUGCUCAAAGCGAGACUUAUACCACAAUAUGGAAUCCACUGGAAAUGGACCGACAACUUCGAGGAUCGCUUCCCCAAAGAGCCGUGGUCAAGACGAGGGUGGACGCUACAAGAGCAAUUACUUUCCACUCGUCUUCUGUGUAUCUCAUCGACAGAAAUGCAAUGGACGUGCUGGGAAGCAGAAGUCUGUGAAUGUAACUCUAAGCAGAACAAACGUCGUCAGUUUGGCGGCACGCCCAUUGCUCUAAUAGACGACGCGUCUGUUAUAUUCCGCUUGUGGAAGAAGAUUGUCGAAAUAUACUCUGUAAGGUCACUCACAUACUCGAGUGACAAGCUUCCCGCAGUAUCAGGUAUUGCCGAAGUUGUACAGCAAAAGACAGGGUCACGCUACAUUGCUGGCUUGUGGGCAGAUAAUAUCGACUUGGAUCUUCUCUGGCGACGGACGGGGCCGUCAGAUGAUAGAGAUAACGAAAACAAUAGGGCCGCCUCUUUCUCGUGGGCGUCGAUUGACGGUGAAAUAGAUUACUAUUGUUUUAGGAAUGGAAAGCAAGCCUAUCGGAGCUCAACAGUUCUUACAUUGGACGCGGUUCCUACCACAGAACAAGCUCCUCUAGGUAGUGUCAUUGACGGGACACUCUCAAUUCGUGGACCUCUCGUCUCUGCAACUAUCGAACAAAUAUCCCCUAAUUGUUGGAUGCAGGUCAAAAUUGAUGAUACUUUGCUUGUUUUAGCGACUGAUACAGUUGUUCAAGGACUCGUUUUUCCCCGGCCAGAUGGCGAAUUGCAGACAACCGCAUGCAGAUGGCCCCGGCAUAAUGGUAGUCUAUCUUCCCGGAGAAGCGGACGUCAAGCAGGGCCAUCAGAACUGCGUGACAGUAUCUCUUAUGAGCCAAAUGGGAGAUUGACUGGGACCUUGCCGGCAAGGGGUACCCAAUGCUGGGUCCUUCAGCUGGGUGCAUUUGCGCAAGAGUCACAUCAGUCAAUCGUUUGGGAUCAUGAGUUAUUGAUCCUCGGGCGGUCUUCCAGAUCCCCUAAGUAUUAUGAGAGGUUGGGACUUACUUCAUUUCGAGGCAAUCGACUUGAUAAGACAUUUGGCGACGAAAAUGUACACACCAUUACACUGGUCUAA